GCUGCAAAGAUUGGUGGUUUGAUGCAAGUAGCAUGCAUGGCCGUUCCUCAUAAUCUGAGUGCCUCAACAGUUGUCCGUGCAGCCUGCCUUUUAACACGAGUGUUAGCGAACCAGGAAGUUGAAAAUGCAGAUACACCAUUAGCUUUCUAUAAAGCAGCAAUUUCUCAUGCAUUCCUCUUGCUUCUUAUAUCAAUGGAAUUGCAGGAUAAAAGAACACUAGCUAUCUACAUAAAUGAACCAAAAUUUUUAAAAGUGUUGCAUACCGCUAUGGAGUCUAAGCAUUCAGUGAUAUGUUCUACCGCAGUUAAUUUUCUUUCUCAUCUGCUUCAUUACCAGAUGAUUUUCCAACAUAUUGGGUGUGACCAUGUUGUGAGGAUCGAUAUCGAACAACUGCUCCAGUUAUUGAUGAAUCCAGAUUUUGAUGUACUGUCAGCAGGUCUGCAGUUGACUUUUAACCUCCUUCAAUCAAAACUUGUACAUCCAGCAAUCAGAUUGUCAGAAAAGGGACAGGAUAUUAUUUCACCAGAAUUUCUUCAGGCACUGUUUAUAAAACUUCAGGCCAUGAGCAUUAAGAAUUUUCCAGGUAUCUCCAAUAGUUCCUGGAAGUGCCUUGGUGCGUUACUUCAUUUUUCCUCCACGAAGUUUGCAGAGCCCAAUAUACAUACGCAUCUAGCUACACAGCCUUGGACCUGUUUCUUGAUUUGUUCCAUGACACGCACAGCUUCCAUUUCAGGUUGUCAUGACUUCCUGUACUUCAUCUCUCAGUGGCUACAGUGCUUCAAAUCUUAUCAGACUGCUUCUAGGUUUAAAAUGUUUCGUUUGGUCUGCAAGAAGGAAAGAGCGCUGUGUCCGAGUUUGCUUUCUGAGACUCUUACUACGCUGGCUACCAUGUUCUUAAACUGUAGUGAUUUCAGCACUGUGAAUUCCAGUACCAAGCAGCUGAUCCAACAAAUCUUAAACGGGAUCCUUGAAAGUGGAACUGAUCUCUCUGAAGACACCUGCAAAUUGCUGAGACAACGUCUGCUAGAUGUCUGUUCUUCCACUUAACUCUUUCUCCUUGCUUCAUUUCCUGAGUGGAACGCUGGUGUACUUUUGUGCACAUUUUCAUACAGUACUGUGUUCGUAUUAAACUUUAUUUCAUUGGCUUUAGUGAAAAAGAUACAUUCUGUAAAUAGUGGAAUGUUUUCCAUGAAUGGUUAAUAUUAAAUUAUUGAAAAUAUAAAUGAAAUUCAUAUACCACCUUUACUGGCAUAACUCUUAAAAUGGAAAAUCCAAAAACACUUAUUUCUGAUGUGGAAGUAAACAAAAUAUUUUAAUAGCAUAUUUCAUGUGGCCAAUUUAAAGUUUAUGAAAGAGUACGGAGCGUAAAAUGACAGUCGUGAAAUGUACGUUGCAGUGUAUACCAAGAAAUGUAUGCAAACUGUUAUAUAACAUGUAAAAUAGGCACUCAGAUCAUUUGUGUAAAAUCUUUCCAUGUUUUAUCAAGAUAUAUGAAACGUAUGCCAGUAAAUAUGGUAAUUAAUAUGGGGUUACUAAGAAAUAUGCAGAACUAUUAAAUAAAUACAUGUAAUAGUAUUUAAUGUACCAUUCCCAAAUUCAAUAAGUUUUACAGUUCUAAAAAUUUAAUUUCUUACGGUAGUUACAUGUUCUUACAAUUCAUUUAUGUUGUCGAGUUACCAGAAAGAUAAGUCAAGUAAAAUAAAAGUUAUCUCAGAUAUGUAA